AUGCCGCUAGUGGAUGUAAAUCGGAUACUAACUCUACCUGGAAUCGUCAACAUUGUACAAGUGGCUUGCGGCUUUGCAGCACUCUUUGCCAGUUCAUUCGUUUGGCGUGACACGGACACUUUCUUUCAAUUCAUCUAUAAGGGUUUUGGUUGGCAAACGUUGAUCGUUUUCAUUCUACUCAUCACAUGGAUUUUUGCGAUCGCAAUGUUACUCAAUAAUUUGACGGGAAGAGAUGUUCAAGAGACUGUCGGAAAGAGAAGGUUGCUAAUCGUCUACGGAAUUUGCCUCGUUUUAUUGAUAAUCUCGGCGUCACUCGAAUCGUGGUACUGUGAUAAAUCAAAGGGGCAUUUCUAUCAUGCGAGAUUUGUCGCAGUGACGAUUUUCAAUUGGAUCCUCGUCGCUUCGUAUAUCGCCUUGAUAGCCCUCACGAUGUUCUUUGCU